UAAUUGGAGAGGCGCUGGAAAGGGUUGGGAAGGAAACGGCGCGCGCAGAUCACGGGAUAAGAGGGGAUCACCGCAUCAGGCAAUUCGAUGCAUAACAACAAUAUUAAUAUUAAUCAAUAUGAUUAUAUUAGUUAGUCGGGAAGUUCAGUUGCAGUGGGGGUGGAAGCUUAGUUAGUAUCUUCCUCGAAAGCCUUGAAUGAUGAUGUCGAGAUGAGAAGAAUGGAGAAAAAGAGAGUGAGAGGGGCAUCCACGAGCACUUCUUCUUCUUCGGCUUCUUCUGCUCGUCUUCCUCUUCUUUUGCUGCUUCUUCUUUCGCCGCUUCUAAAUAUAGCCUCUUGGCAUCACACCGCAUCGGUCAGCAUCUUUCCCUACUGUCUCAAUCAGCUUCUUUCCACUCUCUCCCUCACUAGACUCUCUCACUCUCAGUUCCAGAACCCUAAAGAAUCCCCCCCGCCCUACCAUGGUUGGCUCCGUCAGGCGUCCCCUCUUCGGCCGAAUUCCAUGGUUCGGUUGCCCGUCAUUAGUGAGGACAAAGGGAAGACAAUCACAGGCAGGAAAGAGGACCUGUCUAGCACUACCCAACAAAGUGCUAGGAAUUCAUGUGCGGACACUGGUCUAGAUGUAGUCCUUCAUUGCCGCCGUGAUGGUGGCACAGUGGUUUAUUAGACGCCUAUCACCAUCACCCACUGAACCAACAGUGACUUCACCCCCAUCCACUUGUCUCUAUUUCUUUUUCUUUCUUUCUUUUUUCCUUUUUUCCUGUUUUUUUGUCUCCCU